AUGGGUCUUGCAUCCUCGAAGCCAACCUUCCAACCCUUUCGAUUCCUCGACCUUCCAAGGGAAAUUCGAUACAUGGUGUACGAGCGACUACCGCGCACAACGAAACACAUCACCAUCGUCACGCACCCUCACCUCGGAGCCACUCUCACCCUCAUCAUGCACUCGACCCCGACCUCGAUUCUCGCAACAUGCCAUCAAGCCUAUGACGAAGCUCGGCCCUUCGUCCAAAAAGCGAUAUCCGAUUGGGUGAUAGAAGGAGGCGUCAAACUCGUCGUGAGCUCCGGGCCACACAGCAUUCGCGUCCUCGAGGUCGUGGCCCAGGGCUUGAUGGAAAAAUUAGACGCAGAGCUGUUGUCCAACAGGCAGGCGCUUGCCGACGAGCAGGCUGGCUACCACGGCGCGCCUGCCGGCCAUGUUUUUUGCGAAAAGAUCCCUCCAUACGUCAACGAUAUUCAAGGCACUCUUUUAAACCGCGCAGCCUGCAUCAGCUUCACCAACCCCGCCUAUUACUGGUCGGGCUGCAUCGCCUGGUUCCGAUUUCUCUGGUUGUUUUCAAGCAGCAGCCACGCCGUCGUGCCCUGGAUCGACAAGUCUGCCGCAAUAAUAAUGAAGCAAAAGCUCUCCACGGCGCCUGAGCCUCCAGCAGCUCCGCAGCUCGUAGAUAUCGUGUUCCGAGUCUAUCCUUGGCAGAGGGCGGAGGAUGUGACGAUAGGAAACCUAAUAUAUGGCAUGGCGGAUUUGGAUGGCAUCCAGAGGAUUUUCCAGUUGAGAGGCGUUCGAGCAACACCCUGGGGCUGGAUUGAACCGAACGCGGAGUUGGGGAGUGCGCGUCCGCCAACUUUUGGUAGAGUGCUGUCUGGGUCUAAGAAUGAUCAGAUGUGGAGGCGGGGGGUGCUCGCACAAUACUGGAGACAUAGGUGGAUUUGA